AUGGCUGACGACUUAGCAGAGGAUGAGGUGCUUUACAACGACCUGGUUCCCAUCAUCUAUUGCUCGAAGUGCCAGCAGCUCAACGGACUCGAGGGGGAUGGGUGGACUCUUGCAAAAGUAAGGAGAGUAUGCAUGCUGGCAGGGCCUGCGUUCCUGGUCUCCAAAUGCUACCGGUGCAACAAAUGCCCAGGAAACAACUGCAAGGACUACCAGUUCCGGGCGCAUGAUGAGGGCGUCAUCAAGCAGCUCCCUGCAGCCCUCGAGUCCUCGCUCAACAUCCGCUUCACCCAGCAUGGGGCAGUGGAGGUGUCUCUGAUGGACUUCCUGCUUCGCAAUGUCAGCAGCGGCGUGUCGUUCGCCGAUUCAACGGAUGCCGUACAAGAGUUGCAUUACAUUACCUACAACCGAAGCAAGCUGGGCCACCUGCAGUACACAGCAGAGCGGGGAAGGCUGGCUCAAAAGCGGUCCUCCUUUUUCAUGGGCUCCGCUGGUGCAUCAGCGCAAGUGCCGCAGCCCCCAGACUUUGGAGCGUAUAAGGACAGGCAGGGGUACCGCGGCUGGGUGCCUUCCCGCUCGUACUUGACACGUAUGUUGCUGGCAUACCUAACGGAGCGGCUUGCGUGGACGAAGGAGCGCCUAGCAAUGGUUGACGAAGUCUAUCUCCGUGGCGAUCACACAUUCCGAUCCGCCUCAAAGGUCAAGACGGCUGAGGGGGGGAAGGCCUACGAGGCGGUCUACACUGUGAUGAAUGAAUUCAGCCAGGUUGCUGCUCAGUGGAUGGUGGGUGACACGUCUUUCAGGGAGAUUGAGGGGGGCCUG